UAGCAAAUCCAAAUCGCAGUACGCUAGUAAUUAAAUUAUUAACUUAAUGAUAAUAUUCUAUUUUAAGCAUUUCUCAUAAAUCAUUUUACCUUCAAACAUUUCUAUUAAUGGAACAACUAUAGGUGGAAUUUUAGUUUGUUUAGAUGGCCCAGAACUUAGCAUUCCUUGUUUCAAACUGAUUUGAAUAAAUUAUAUAUGUAAAGAAUUUUAAUCCAUUAUUCACUUCAGAUAAUAGGAUACAUAACAGUUGAAUAUAAAUAUCUUACUAAAAAUUUUAAUGAAUUAGACACGUUUAAUAGUUGAAAUUAAUUACAAGUUUUGAAAUGAAAGAGUUGAAUGAUUUAUUUUUUGCAUGUUUCUGUAUCGAAAAAUUUGAUCAAACUCGAGAAUUAAUUUUGAAUGGCAAUGAUUUGUAUCCUCAAAUUGGGCGACGAUUGGAUGACAACGAUAUUGAAAAUUUAAUUUCUUUUUUAAAAACUAAUCCUGACGUUAAAUGUAUUAGUUUAGCUUAUAACAAUAUUCACUGUGAAGGAUUCAUUGAUAUCAUUGACUACAUAAUUACAAAUGACCAAAUUGUAGAUUUGAAUAUGCAAAAUAAUGAAAUUGGAGUUCUAGGGAUUGAAGAAUUAUGUAAGAAUGGAUCUAAAUUAAAGUUCAAGAGUUUAAGGCUCAAUGGAAAUAAAUUUAGAACUAAAUCAGCUAAAAAGAUUGCCUUGAUGUUAUUAAAUAAUCCUUAUAUAGAGCAUCUUGAUGUUGCUGAAGUGGAUCAAACAUUAUCAAGUCUAAUUUAUUUUAUCACUGUACUAAGACCAGAUCAAAAUAAUUUUAAUAAUACUCUAAAAGUAUUGGAUCUUAGUAGACCUUUACCUGAUUUUAUGCAGACAUUUGACAGUUUUCAUUUUGCCACAUUAAUAGGGGCAAUGUUAAAAGUAAAUACAUCUUUGACAGAAUUACAUCUGCAAAAAUGUAAUUUUUCUUGCCACGAUAUAGAAUCUAUGUGUGUUGAAGGGAAAUAUAAUAAAACUCUACACUUGCUUGAUCUUGGUUGCAAUAAUAUAGGUGAUCAUGGAAUAAAAUAUUUAUGUAAUUGGCUUCACCAGAGACCUAUACUGGCUGGUAUCAUUCUUUGCCAUAAUAUUAUUACAAACGAUGGAGCAAGAGAAUUAAGUUUUGCUUUGCCUUAUUCAAGAGUCCGGCUUUUAGAUAUUUCAUAUAAUAACAUUAGUGAUGAUGGAAUGGCAAAUAUUUUAUAUACAUUAAAAAAGAGUACUUGUAUGAGAGAUUUACGAAUAUUUGGGAAUCGUGUUAGCUGUAUAACUGCAAGAAUAUUAAAUAGAAUGUUCAAAUCAGGAGUUUUAAAUCAAUGCAAUGUUGAUGUCAAAAUAUAUCAAAUUGAAGGAGAGUUACGCAUUGCACGUAAUCCAGUCGAUACUUAUAAACAGAGAUAUUAUAAUGUAUCUUUAUAUGGAAUUCCUCAACCUCUACAAAUCGUUCAUGAAAAAGAUAUUCUUGAUGGAAAAACACCACCAAAAAUUAUUUUCAAAUAUAUAGACUCAGCUCCUAUCAAACCAUCAUUGAAAAGAUGA